AUGCUAACGAAUGGCGAGAGAGAUUAUACCGGCUGCUGGACAUGCCGAAUUCGCCGCAAGAAAUGUGACAAGACCCGCCCCGUCUGUAGGGGCUGUGACGCGCUCGGUAUACAGUGCCAUUCCGACACGCGCAAGCCAGAAUGGAUGGAAAAUGGGACGAAACAGCGCGAGAUGGCGCAGCGGAUCAAAGCGGAAGUGAAACGAAGCGCUGCUCGACGUCGAUCGAAAAAGCUGAUGCAGCGCAUCGCGCGCGAUCUAGAAGGAGAGGAGGGGGACGCUCGGCCUGAGACCUCUGAAGCAGGGAGCGUCGUCACAGAGCCCGCGAGGGAAACACGUGAUAGAAGCUCGAAUGAGGAGCAGGCUUGGAGAGCCGAAUCUUCAAAUACAAGCCCUCCGAGCAAUAUCAGCGCUCAACAAGAUGCACCGCGCGUCGCCUUUGAGACAUCUCGCUCUGACAAUGGCUCACCACCGGGCCCUUUGGAUUACUCCACUGUGCCGGGCUCGCACCGCCUGUCUCAGCCUCUCGAUAAUGAGCUCGAACUGUCGUUUAUGAUGAUAUACCUCGACUAUACAUUCCCCGUUCUGUUCCCUUUCUACACGCCCACGAUAUUCGACGGCGGCCGGAGCUGGCUCCUGGUCUUGCCCCUCAAGAUCCAGGCCUUGUACCACGCAACCCUAAGCCUGACGUCGUACUUCUUCUCAAACGUCCCAAUCAGCUCUGGUCCCGCGUAUAACUCAUGCAUAAGUAUAGCCAAUGGCGAGCAGCGCAAGCAGAUUGACCUAGCCGUGAAAAUGGUACAGUACGACCUCCAGAACAUCAACAGCCGCGGCGUGCACCAUGACCUCGUGGAGAGCGCAUACCUCCUCGAGAGUAUCGUGCAACUAUUGGUCUACGAGAGUCUAGUCGCUACCAGCGAGACGUGGCGCAUGCAUCUCGAUGCCGGCAUCGUCUUGUUCGAAGGGAUAGUCAAGUCGGACUUUGGGAAUAUGUGUUCUCUUCUAGACUUGAUGGAGCAGAGAUCGUCCUUGCCCAUGGUUACUUCUGGCUACACGCUUUGGAACUCAGAUCAGGCCUCGUUUCGAUUCUUUUCCGCUGUCUUGUUGCUCGCAGAUAUUAUUUCUAGCACGGCGCUCGGACAGCCGCCUAGACUUCGUGACUACCACGAAGACAUACUCACAAAACAAUAUCAACGAGAGGAACCCCCACUACAACUCGAGGACUUCUUCGGCUGUCAAAGCUGGGUUCUCCGCCAGAUAGGAGAGAUCGCUGCCCUGGAUGCCUGGAAAAAGGACAUGAAAACCCGACGCACACUGACAAUAUCACAGCUCGUGAAGCGGGCCUCCACCAUUGAACAAGAAAUACAAGACGGCCUCGACCGUCUCAACUCAACCUCAGGUGUAGACUUCCCAGCCCUUAAACAACUCGACCUCCCCAAAGCCCUGAACCCCGCCUGUACCCACCAAACCGCCUGCGCACAAGAUACCAUCAAACUCGUCACCCGCAUUUGGGCGUACGCCGCCCGAGUAUACCUCCACGUUGUCCUCUCAGGCUGGCAGAUAGCCGCCCCCGAGAUCCACGAGGAUGUGGCUCUGAUGCUUGACCUUUUCGCGCUGCUGCCUUCGCCUAGUCUCUUGCGAUCUCUAGCCUGGCCGCUUUGCGUGGCUGGGUGUCUCGCAGAGGAGGAACAGGAGGCGGCGUUUCGGGCGCUUGUUGUGUCCAUGGGCCCGAUUGGGACGUUGGGGACGGUGAGAGAGGUCAUGAGAAUCAUGGAAUAUACGUGGCGGGCGCGCCAGAGGGUUGAUACUGAUACGUGGGAUGUAGCGGCUUGUUUGAGGAGUGGGGGGCAUGUGGUGUUGCUGAUUUGA